UGGAUCAAAGUUUGGUUAAACUGCUAAAUUUUGUAACUUCUUCAAAACAGCAAACCCAGGGGCUAAGAAUCUCCGCUUUCAGCAUUCAUUAAUCAAGCCUGUUAAAUGAUUACCCCACCAGGGCUGCUUUGUUGACAACUCUGCAUGAUGACAAUGUCAGUGGCACUGUCCCAAGACACAUCCAGUGGUGAUGUAAAGGACAAGCCUCCUUCACCUCAACUGGUGGGAUGGACACUACCAUGAAGCAUAUUUAAGGAAGGAGGUGCAUCCUUGGAAACCAGCAAUUUCAAGAGAGCUCCAAAGCAAGUGAAACGGGCUCAACUGAAAGGUACAGCAAAAUCCUCUCUGGAAUCCAGCUCCAGCUUCCAUAGACAAUUGUGAUCAGUAUUUUACAGCCAUCAACGAGAUCCACAACAGCUUCAACAAUGCCCCCACAGCUGAAAGCCGAUAUGAACGUCAUGCCCAAGGUUGUGCAGGGGGAUUGGGAGAGUCUCUCUCCAGAAGCCAGGGAUUUCAUCGAGACCAACGCCAAGCUGUGCCAGCCUGAGUGCAUCCACAUCUGCGAUGGCUCGGAGGAAGAGAACAAGAAAAUUCUGGACAUCAUGGUAGAACAAGGCAUGAUCAAGAAGCUGAACAAGUAUGAGAACUGCUGGUUGGCUCUCACUGACCCAAGAGAUGUGGCAAGAAUUGAGAGCAAAACUGUCAUCAUCACUCAAGAGCAGAGAGAUACCACUCCAAUCCCUAAAACUGGAACAAGCCAGCUGGGCCGCUGGAUGUCUGAGGAAGAUUUUGAGAAAGCCUUCAACACCAGGUUCCCAGGCUGCAUGCAAGGACGCACGAUGUAUGUCAUCCCCUUCAGCAUGGGGCCUAUUGGGUCACCUUUGUCCAAGAUUGGGAUCGAGCUGACGGAUUCACCCUAUGUGGUGGCCAGCAUGAGGAUCAUGACACGGAUAGGAACAGAUGUUUUGAAAGCCCUGGGCAAUGGGGAGUUUGUAAAGUGCCUUCACUCAGUUGGAUGCCCUCUGCCGCUAAAAGAGCCAUUAAUCAACAACUGGCCGUGCAACCCGGAGCUGACGCUGAUUGCUCAUCUCCCGGAUCGCAGGGAGAUCAUUUCCUUUGGCAGCGGCUACGGAGGAAACUCCUUGCUGGGGAAGAAAUGCUUUGCUCUCCGGAUUGCCAGCAGACUGGCCAAAGAGGAGGGCUGGCUGGCAGAGCACAUGCUGAUCCUGGGAAUUACCAAUCCAGAAGGUAAAAAGAAGUACUUUGCUGCAGCAUUCCCUAGUGCAUGUGGAAAAACUAACUUGGCCAUGAUGAACCCAAGCCUGCCAGGAUGGAAAAUUGAGUGUGUGGGUGAUGACAUUGCCUGGAUGAAAUUUGAUGAACAAGGCAACUUAAGGGCAAUCAAUCCUGAAAAUGGCUUUUUUGGUGUCGCCCCUGGAACCUCAGUCAAAACAAACCCCAAUGCUAUUAAAACCAUAUUCAAGAACACCAUCUUUACCAACGUGGCAGAAACCAGUGAUGGAGGUGUUUACUGGGAGGGCAUUGAUGAGCCCCUGCCAGCUGGAGUGACAGUGACCUCGUGGAAGAACAAGGAUUGGACCCCAGACAACGGAGAACCUUGUGCUCACCCCAACUCCAGGUUCUGCUCCCCAGCCAGGCAGUGCCCCAUCAUGGAUCCUGCGUGGGAGUCUCCCGAAGGCGUGCCCAUCGAAGGGAUCAUUUUUGGGGGCCGCAGACCAGCUGGUGUCCCUCUUGUAUAUGAGGCCUUUAACUGGAAGCAUGGAGUAUUUGUAGGAGCAGCCAUGAGAUCUGAAGCAACAGCAGCUGCUGAGCACAAAGGCAAAGUCAUUAUGCACGAUCCAUUUGCCAUGAGGCCUUUCUUUGGCUACAACUUUGGCAAAUACUUGGCCCACUGGCUGAGCAUGGCCCAUCGUCCUGCUGCAAAACUACCCAGGAUCUUCCACGUUAAUUGGUUCCGGAAAGACAGCCAAGGGAGAUUCCUGUGGCCUGGCUUCGGAGAGAAUUCCCGUGUGCUGGAGUGGAUGUUCAACAGAAUUGAAGGGAAAGCCUCUGCCAAACCAACUGCCAUAGGUUACAUCCCCACUGAUGCUGCUUUGAACUUGAAGGGUUUGGAAGAUGUCAACCUGACCGAACUGUUUGAUAUCUCAAAAGAGUUCUGGGAAAAGGAGGUAGAAGAAAUCAAGCAAUACUUUGAAGUGCAAGUUAAUGCUGACCUUCCCUACGAAAUAGAAAGGGAAUUGCUUGCCUUAGAGAUGAGGAUAAAACAGCUGUGAGCUGAUCAACCCACAAUUAUUUAUCAAUUCGCACACACUAAGACAAGGCAAACACAUUUUACCAAAUCACCACUGGAAGCAUAACAGCACACUGAUGGGCAGGGGGUUAUAAUGAAAGUAGGUCAUAGCUUAGUUAGGAUAUAGAUGCAGAGACAUUCUAGAAAUAACUCCAGACCUAAUGAUUUAUAACUACAUCGGUUGUUGUGAAUAGGUGAGCAGCUGUGGGAGUGCACGUGCACAGGGUCUGAAACCUCUGUUCUGUCACUUACGUGCACACAGAGCCAUGAUGGGUGUAAAUUAUUUGCCUAGUUCUGCAUGUACAAUCCAAACCAAUCCAGCCUUCAAGUUGUAGCACAUUGUUUCCAUCACAGAAACCUCUGGAGUCCCAGACUCCACUGGAAAGAGGAGAGAAAAUUAGAUGCUGUAUAUAUGUAUUACCUAAACAUAUUUCAUGUCUUAAAUACUUUUUAGAAAAAUGAAGUUGUAACUAUCAGAGUGAAAGAUGACUUUAUAUUACUAAUGCAUAUUUAAGAUAUUGCUAUUAUAUAUUACUCAUGUUCCUGUGAUUUCCAGAUGUUUUGAAUGGCUUGUUCUUAAACUAUAAAAUAAAUGUUUAUACAAAAUAUUA